AUGAAGUAUUCAUGCUUUCAAUUGAAUGAUUUACCUGAUGAAAUUCUUAUAAUUAUUUUUAAAACAUUGGCUAGUACGGAAGUACUUGAUUCUUUAGCAGGUGUCAGUAAACAAUUCAAUAGAAUAGCACAUGAUUUUGUUUUUACAAAUCAUUUGAUCUUCCUGAUGAUUGCACCAAAUGGUUUUGCCUAUCCAUUACCAAAUCCAAUACUUGAUCGAUUUUGUUCACAUAUUUUACCUGAAAUUCAUCAAAAAAUCCAAUGGUUUGAACUUGAAUCACGAUCAAUGAAACGAACUCUUCUUGCUACAGCUUAUCCUAAUUUAUAUGGAAUUAUUUUGUAUAAUAUUGAAGCAGAAACAGCUAUAAAUCUUUUUACCGAUGAAACUUCCGUAAUUUGUAAGUUGAAAAACCAAAUUUCAGCACUUGUUAUUGACAUUAGUACAAACGAAAUACAAAGGUUUCCCGUUGAUGGUAAUGCAAUUAUAUUUACACAUAUCUUUACUAUCUUCACUAAUUUACAAUAUUUAAAUUUUUGUCCAUCUUCACUUGGUCAUCAACGAUUAUCAUUUCGUACUCUACCACUAACUGCUAUCUCUACAAAUUUGUUAAAAUUAUGUCUGUUAGGAUACUUUUAUUGA